UGUCGAAAUAGUUUAGUUUUAAUUUAGAUACUAAUUACAUGAAAAUUAUCACAUUAGAGGUCCUGCUAUGGAUUAACCACAUGCAGUCAGUGGAAUUCGCUUUCGUGGGUAUAUCCUUGAUAAUGGGCGGAUUUUAUCUACCCAUCGAUCACUCAUACAUGCAGGUGGAACUAGUGUGUUAUUGGACUACUUCCAUACGCAGAAUGUUUGUGGUGUGCGGCAUUGUGCUGAUCCUUGCAGGAGCAUUCGGUGCAUUUUGGUAUCGCAGGCACAUCGAGUUCAUUUAUCUAACACAAAUGCUGUUCAUUGUGCUUGGCAUUAUCUUCACCAUUGUCCUGGCUCUUUUCAUCACAUACAACUGUCAUAUCGAGAAGGCGAAGAGAAGAGUGGAAUAUCUUUGGCUGGAGACCGAAAACGAUAGAAACGCAUUCUUCAUGAUGCAACAGCAUCUAAAAUGCUGUGGGAAAUCUGGGCCAGAAGACUACAUUGACAAGGAGCAAUUUCCUGUUUGUCACAAGAAUUUCAACGCGGAGGACAUUAAAUUUACCAAAGGAUGCAUUGAGGCUGCUGAAGAUUUUUACAACAAGAAAGUGAUGUUCACCAUUGUGGCUAUGGUGGCUAUGAUCGUAGAUGAGACAAAAUGUCUACUACUUUCCAUUGCUCUGUAUCGAUGCAGGGUGAAGAUUGCUACUGUUGCCAUCCGCCAUAAUGUUACAUAUAUUACUAGAAGAACUUGAUUAUAGAUUUCCAUU